AGGGCAUGUAUCUUCAUAUAUAUUCACACUCUUUAAACAUAUUGUCAUAUUGAUAUUUUUGCUUCAAUAAACUCAGUUUGAAUCAAAGUCUUCUCAAAUUUGUCACUUCAGACAUACUGGCCAUGGAAAUUGUUGGUGCAGUGAUAAGCAUGAUACAAUGUUUUUGUGGAGAGACCUGCUCGCAUCAAUCCAUUUCCGAAAAAUGUAUGUAUAUGAGAAAGCCUCAUGCAUUAGCAAAUAGAAUUGAAGAAAAGAUGGAAUUGCUUAAAGCUCGGGAGGAGGAUGUUAGAAGAAAGUUACAAGUGGAAAAAGUAUGGCGCGGAAUGGAGCCAAAAGCUGAGGUAAAUAUGUGGCUUACUAAUGUAGGAAAGAUCAAAAGUUCUGUAGCUUGCUUGCAAGAAGAAAUUACUAAAAACAAGAGUUGUUUAAAUGGAUGUUGUCCAAAUUAUACGUCUCGAUUGAAGCUGGGGAAACACUUUAAUAAGAAAAUUAAAGAAGCCGACAGGCUGUUGGCGCAGAGCAUAUAUCCAGAUGCUUCAUUAGUUGACAUGAUGCCUCAGAGAGGAAACAUAUUACCAGCAACUUCAUUAGUGGGAGAAACUGCUCAAAGAAGUUUAAAAUUAGUGUGGGAGUAUUUGAAUGAUGGACACACUGGGAUAAUUGGUAUUUAUGGAAUGGGGGGAGUGGGUAAGACAUCCAUCUUGGUAGCAAUUAAUAAUCGACUUUUGAGAGAGAGCACAGCUUUUGAUAAUGUCAUUUGGGUCACGGCAUCCAAGGAUUCAAAUGUCCAAAAGUUACAAAAGGAUAUUGCUAGAGCUGUAUGUUUAUCUUUUGAUGAGGAAGACGAUGAAAUGGCAAGAGCAGCUCAAUUACUUGAAGCCUUGAUGCGAAGAAGAAGAUUUCUUUUAAUUAUAGAUGAUUUAUGGGAAGCAUUUUCGUUGGAGGUUGUAGGAAUCCCAUCCCCAGGUUAUGGGCAUGAGUGCAAGUUGAUAAUAACUACCAGAUCUAUGAUGGUUUGUCGUGGCAUGGAAACAAUGAGAGACGUUGAAGUUAGUGUGCUUUCUAAGGAAGAAGCAUAUGACCUCUUUAAACAAAAGGUCGGUGACGAGGUGCUAGCAUCUCCAAGAUUACAAGCUGUUGCCGAGGAUGUCGCGAUGGAGUGUGGAGGUCUUCCACUAGCUCUUGUAACAGUUGGUCGGGCUUUAAGAAGAGAAAAUGAUAUGAGGCAAUGGGAAAAUGCAUUAAGCCAGCUGAAAAGUGCAAUGGGAAGAAUAGAAGGAAUGGAGAAUCGAGUCUUUACACGUCUGAGAUUUAGCUAUGAAAGACUGAAGGACAAUGUGACUCGGUCAUGCUUUCUUUAUUGUGCAUUGUACCCAGAGGAUCAUCAUAUUGAGACUGAAGAACUGAUUAAAUAUUGGAUAUGGGAAGGCAUGUUGGAUAAUCUCGGGUAUGGAGAAUCCAAGAUGCUGCAGGGAAAGAUGAUAUUAGAUGAACUGAAAAACGCGUGUCUGUUAGAGAUCGGCUGUCAAGAAGGUAGUUUGAAUGAAUUUGUCAAAAUGCAUGACCUCAUUAGGGAUAUGGCAAUAGCUGUUACAAGAGUGAAUCCACUGUUUAUGAUCCGAGCAGGAAGUGGAAUUCGUGUCCCACCAGUUGAGAAUGAAUGGCUUGUAGGCCUUGAAAGAAUCUCCUUAAUGAGAAAUGAUUUGAGCACUUUGAGUUUUGAACCGAGAUGCCCUCAGCUAACUACCUUGCUCUUGCAGUAUAAUUCAUUGUCCAAGGGCAUACUUCCUUCUUUCUUUAACCAUCUAGGAAGUCUCAAAGUUCUGGACUUAUCUUACACAGGCAUCGCUAGGUUACCCGAGUCACUUUCGAAUCUGGAAAACCUCCAUGCUCUGCUACUACGCAGUUGUUGGAACUUGCGUUACGUGCCAACAAUGGAAAGGCUCAAGGAGCUGAGGGUUUUGGAUCUCUCUUCUACAUCAAUCGAGUGUACGCCACAGGGAAUGGAAAUGUUACUCAAUCUGAAGCAUCUGGAUCUCUCCUACACUACUGUUGAUGGAUUUGAUAUUCGAAUUUUAGGAACAUUCAGGUUUUUGGAAGACCUCUUAACGAUUGGUUUAUGGCAACCUCUAAUGUUCGGUUUGGAUUUUGUUAAUGUCGUGGCAAGCUGCACCAACUUGGCAAACCUUGAAGCCAAUUUCAGCACUUUGCACGACUUCAAUCGUUAUGUCUUGUCAGGUCACUGGAGCAUGCUUGAGAGUUUCAAAUUUUGUUUAGGCUAUCCUCAAUCUUCUAAAUUACCUGGAAAAAAUAGUGUAGGAUUUUUCGGGAUUCACAUCGUUGAAAUGGAAGCCCCUUCUUGGUUGCCAACGAUACUUGAAUUGGCCGUUCAUGAAUGCUCUGGUAUCACUCACUUACCAAUGUUUAUUAUGAACGCCUCUUCCCACCUAAAACAUUGCAAAAUAAAGUAUUGCGACGAGAUGGAAUGGAUUAUAACUUCCGAGUGGGGCACAUUUCCCGAAUUAGAGUUGCUAGAGAUCGAGGGUCUGAGCAGACUGCAAAAUAUAUGCAAGGGGAUUCCACCAGCGGGCACUCUUUCAACACUUAAAGUGUUGAAUGUUACUGCCUGUGAUAAUCUCACUACUCUGCUGCCACUUGAGUUAGUGCAGCAACUCAACAACCUUGAAGAGAUUGAAUUGCGAAGCUGUCUAAUGCUGGAGGAGAUUGUUACAGAAGCAGAAAGUGAAGAGGUCAUUCAAGAGAACGACAAUGAAGUGGUCCUCCCAAGUUUGCAAAAAUUAAGAUUAGUUUCUAUACCAAGACUGAGAAGCAUAUGCAGAGGUCCGAUGAUUUGUGAUUCCUUAACGACUAUUGAAGUCAUAGAUUGUCCGGAGCUGGAAAUAAUUCCCUUCUUUCUGGAAAUAAGGCAGCAACUAGCUGACUCUCUCAAACAGAUAAAAGGAAGCAGAAGGUGGUGGUGGACAUUAGAGCGGAACCACCCUAUUGCCACGUCUCUCCUUGCUCCACUCUUUAAACCUGAAUCUGCUCCUAAUGAAGACAUUAGGGUUGAUUCCAACACCAUAAACAGUUAUGGUGGCAGCUCGGGGAGUUCUUCUUUUGGGCCGCGAUAAUAUUCUUACUGUAAGUAAUAAGCUUGCACUCUCUUAAAGACUCUCUCAGGGAUUUUGAACUGUUAUUUAAUCAGAAUUGAUUUGAAGUCAAAAGUUUUUAAUUUUGUGAAUCAUGUUUCUUAUUCAACACAAUAGGAGAACGGAUAUAGAGCGUUGACUGAGUAGGCAAAUAUCUGAAUAGGAGAACGGAUAUGGCUAUUUCUGGCAGGAAACCUCAAGAACCAUUUAAUAUUGUAAUAGAUGCACUUAUGCGUUGUUUUGGUUACAGUUUUAUUGUCCUGGAUUAUCUCCCUAUUACAGUCACGCUACAAGCUCUGGUAGUUCUUCUUUCGGGCCACAAUAACUUUCUCAUGGUAAGAAACAAGCUUACACUCUCUUAAAGACUCUUUAGGGAUUUCAAAUUGUUAUAUGAUCAACAUUGAUUUGAAGUCACAAGUACUGAAUAUUUUUGAAUCAAUUUUUUUUGUUCACCUCUAAGAUAGUGGACAUAUUGUGUUGAGUGAGUAGGCCAAUUAUCUGAAAAAUUGUGUUAUGCCUAAUGGCUAAUCCUGGCAGGAACUUUAGAAAAAACAAAAAAAAGGGAUUGUAAUGGAACGACUUAUGCCUUGUUUACUUUGCAGUUUAUCCCGACUUGUUUCCUACUAAGCUAUUAUGCGUUUCUUUCUUCUAUUUUAUUAAAUAAAGAACAGUGCUGUCGCCUAUAUCAUAUCAAACUUUUGUCGUCGUGUUUAAUAUUUUGGUUGUUUUUGAGUCCUCGUAACGAAAAUGAAGAGGGGAUUAUUAGGUGAGUUUUUCUUAUUGUCAUAGAAACCCAUGAUUUCAAGAAGUGAUUUUUCAUUAUUUUAGCUGCAUGCACAUUUUUAGUGAUGAAUCAGUCCAAAUUAGCAGAGAUUAUUUUUAUGCAUCUUUCAAUUAUCAUUUCAGGAGAAAAUUCAGUAAAAUACCCUUUUUCUAAGUCCAGACCUUGCCAGUGUCUCAACAUGGUUCUGGACACGAUCAGCUCCAGUUUGGUUUGGCUCCAGCAGGUGCAGUCUAUCUCGGCUGAUUCCUCUCCAUGAAACAGGCCUAGAGUUUGCACAAUCAGUAGGUCUUCGCCUCAGGCGCUCACCUUCUGUACAAUCUGUCGUGCAGCUGAGAGAUCCGUAGACACGAUUGGAAUGUUGUAUAUAGCUACUCAUAGACAAGCUCCCAUCAUCACUCUUUCUCUGGCUUGAGACACCUUUUCUGGACCUUCAUCAGAUUUCAGGGGAACGUGGUUGGGUCGACCCCAUCCUUCCCACUGGAUGCCCCUGAAAUUGGGCCGGUCAUAGCCCACAUCCCGCCUGAUGGUGCCCAGACCUUUCCCAUUCGGGUGAUCAGCAGCAGCAUACAGAUAAAGGAUACUGUUUUCAUUUGCACUGUUAAUGUAAAUGUUCUGAUCAUUUGUUAAAGUCAAGGCCAUUUCAAGUAGCAAAAUCUGCAACUUCUUUAGCGAGUCAGCAGCUUCAUCAAGUGAAGGCCUUUCCAGCGGAUGAAUGACAAUGCAUCCACAACACCAGGACGAGGAUGAGCACUCGAGUGCUGCUCUCAAGGUUUAUGCCUUCAUAGGCUGCAGCAGCCAUGGCUAGCACGUACAGUUUGGUGCGAAGGGCUAUAAAAUGAAACAACUUGUGUUAUCAUGAGCAACAUCUAUGAUGCAAUUGUGUAGUUAACUCUGUUGUAAUCGCGAGCUUGAAAUAUGUUCACGAUGACAGUUUCUGCAUCGAUCUUGGCAGCACUUUCAAUGGAUUCAAGAGCUUGUUUAAUUUGUCGCAUGAUUUAGAUAUGUAGACUUUGCAACAUA